AUGCGGUUUCGUGCCAAGACCACCAGCAAGGACCUUAUCGAGCUGUUCAUCCAGGUCAGUGUCACAGUGGGGAGGCUGGCGAAGGUGUGCGUGCUCCGCGUGUCCGAAGACAAGCUGUGCUUCAGCCCGCCGGGCCCCCUGACCACCAGCGAGGCCCAGAUGUGGUGCGAGGUGCGGCGCGGCGUCUUCUGCCAGUUUCACAUGCAGGGCGUCUCCGAGGAGCUCCGGGAGAUCUAUUUGGAGCUGAAGGCCGACCUCUUGUCCAGAGCAGCGAGGAGCGCAGUAAAAGCCACCUCGCUGAAGCUCCAGCUGACCAACAAGCAUUGCCCCUGCCUCACACUGUCGGUGGAGGUGGUGUCGGUCUCCGGCAGCAUCCGCAAGGCAGUCCACGACAUCCCGGUCCGCGUGCUUCCCACAAGAUGGUGGGCAGAGUGCCCAGAGCCUGUCAUUCGGGCCACUGCUAUGAGUGUGUGUCUGCCGGCCUUGAAGACCCUCAAGAGCAUCGUGGAAAAGAUGGCGCACAUGAGCAAUCACGUGCUGGUGGAAGCAAAUUGGAAUGGCAGAAUGAACCUGAGUGUAGAAACGGAUACCGUCUCUGUUAAAAGUCAUUUUAAAAAUCUUGAAAAUCCUUCCAAGUCGGCUGUGGAUAGACCUCGAGAUGAAGAUGCAGAGAGCAUGGUGCAAGUGCGAGUAGAUAGUAGGAAGCUUCUGCAGUUUUUUGAGGGACAGCAGAUACAUCCUACACGGGUCUUAUGCAAUAUUUUGAGCAAUGCACUUCAUCUUGUUUUGGCUCAUGAAAAUGUCUCUCUUCAGUAUUUCAUUCCUGCUUCAUAAAA